AUGCCAAACUUGAGAGAGCUUCUAGCAUCUGUACUGCCUGAGCUGACGAACUAUGACCUUCUACACCUCAAAGGUCCCUCGAGAGAAGUCAACCCAAUAUUUCUGACCAGGCGUCAUGACGAUGAUGCGCUAAGUUUGGUGAAGACUCAGCACUUCUUCGUUUUGAGCAGUGGCAACAAGGUCUUCUAUGCUCUGGAACUAUAUGUCUAUGUUACUGUCAAGAACUGUGCCGUUACAGAGAAGCUUAUUUUCGUCUCGAAAGCCGACACCAAUGGUUACUGUGACCAUAAGUUAUCAGUAAGGGAUGUCACUAGGGUUAUUUUGGGCUAUAUAACAUCAAUCAAUCCAUUGUGUUAUGUCAAAGACAUACUAAAGCUUUCGAAACCACAAAGAGACCACUCCAAAGUUGUGACACAGCACACUACUACUCGAAAAGCAUUGAAGAUAUUGAUAAACAGAUCUCGAGCCUCUACUAAGUAUAUCCCAUCCAAUGACAUUCUAUACCAACAUUUUAACCAGGUGUCGCCGAAUUGGACUUGCCAAAUUUGCCUUUUCACGAGGUCCGAGCCAGAAUACUUAUUCUCUCAAUCCUCACAAAAUCCUAGAAAGCACGUUUUGAGCGGAAGUGCGCUGCUGAGCUGGUGGCUGUCUAUUAUAGAUAGUGUCAUGAUCUCACAUUUCGAAAGUGAUAUCCGGGCCCGACUCCAAAUUCCUGGCGAAGAAGACAACGCUACUAGGAAAUAUUUCCAAAGCUCCAAAUUAACGUAUUGGCAGGUGGGUGAUCUUUUUAAUGGCAAAUCCAGCGAUCUCGCUGUUUUCAACAUUCCAGUUUUUCCGGACGACCCAAAGGGUAGAUUUCUCGAACAAUUAGUAGAGGGAGACAGAGCGCGAAAAGUGCAGCUGAACGAGUUUUGGGCCGAACUACAAAUUCAACAGGAAUUUAGGCUAGGAGAAACUGUGUCAGUUAUCGGGACAGAGGGGAAGCUUAAAAGUUCCGUAGGCAGAGUUAUGGCAGCUGACGAGGUUAUAUCAACGAGCAGCAGAAAAUUGUUCAAUACGGUUAAGUCAUAUAUUACAGGGGAGGAUUACGGUACGGAAGAAGGAGCAUUGGAAGCAUUCGCCAACUUGAGCGACUUUCUACACCUAAGGUUGGGGACCAAAUUGAUUCGCAUACAGGGCAUAAAGCCCAUGACAUCCCAACCCGUAAAUGUGCCGGAACUCAAAGUAGGCAAGCGGUCAGAAAUAUCGAGGGAUACCGUGCGAUCACUUGAUAGAACUCUAGUGCGCAAACGACAAAAGAAAUAG